AUGGAAGUUCAUCAGGAGGAUGUUAUGAUCAUGGAGGAAAUGAAAAUGCACAUCAAGGGAAAACGCUCCAAACGUCCAAGACCCUCAUCGGCGCUUACUUUAACCAUAGCCUCCACCUCCUCCUCCUCCUCCACCACCACCACCACCACUGACGGUGCUCCACCCACAAACUCCAAUAUCGACUUCACCACCAUCCUUCAAGACAACCACGAUAACAACGAUGAGUAUGUGGCCAAUUGCCUGAUACUUUUGGCUCACGGCCAAUAUCUACCACCAUCAGACACUCGAUUAUAUGUUUAUGAAUGUAAAACAUGUAGCCGUGGUUUCACUUCUUUUCAAGCCCUUGGUGGUCACAGAGCCAGCCACAAGAAACCCCACAAGGACGUCCGUGAGAUUUCAAAAAAUAGAACAUCUCUUUGGAUCUGUCCAAACAAACCCUUAUCAUGUAACCCUAGUGGUUCCACCAAAGGUCCCAAGGUUCACGAAUGUUCAAUUUGUGGUUCUCAUUUUACAUCUGGUCAAGCAUUAGGUGGUCACAUGAGGCGACAUAGGUCCGUUAUGCCAACGACUACGUAUACGUCGACUACAACAACUUGUACCACGUCCGAUGAGCAUCACAAGUCGAAGAAACACAAAACGCUACUGCCGUUGGAUCUAAAUCUUCCGGCCCCUAUCGAGGAUGAUCACAACGAAACCAAAUCUCCGUUUGGAUUAAACAACCAAAUCAUCGUCUUUUCGACACCUUCUUUAGUUGACUGUCAUUUCUAA